AUGAUACGACUCCUCCGAGAUGCAUGGCCUUUUUUGAGCCCUGAAGCGAUAUCGACAGACUUCGGAAAGGGACUCAUCAACGCGCUUAGUGAAGCCUUCCCUCUCGCCGAAAUCCACGCUUGUGUCAUCCACCUAGUGAAGAACAUGAAGAAGAUCAAGGAUCAGCACUCGAUGAGCCGGUAUCAAAACGACGGGAAUUUAUCGCUGUCCGCUCGCAUGAUCAUCGGACUCGCCUUUGUCCCUCCCGACGACAUCGACAAUGUUAUCGCAGAAUUGACGGUUUUCUUGUCUGAAGACUUGAUGCCGGUGCUGAAGUACUUCGAGGACACACACGUAGGCUCACUGCAGCAUCUCCUCCCUGACGGGAGCGUAAUCCGGCGAUAA